AUGAACAAGCUUUUUUUCCAAACAAAUCAAAUGCUUCGUUUAAUUUGCGUAAAACUGCCCCAGGAAUUGAAGCACAGAGCUUCAUCCCUUACCCAUGGCCACUUCUUCUCAACUUCCUCUGUCAAACCCAUUGCAGAACUCCCUAAUUCCAAGGACCCACAAUCUUUAGUCUCCUUCCUCCAAAAAUCAUGUGGGUUGUCCUUGGAAUCAGCCAUUUCAGCUUCCAAGAAGCUCAACAUUGAGAGCCCAAAAAACUCCAACUCAGUUCUGGACCUGUUGAGAACUCACGGUUUGACUCAGACCCACAUUAGAAACUUAAUUAGCAGUCGUCCACUACUGCUUUCGGCUGAUUUAGAGAAUACCCUUAAGCCCAACAUGGAGUUGUUUGAAUCCUUGGGGUUUUCUUGCGAUAGGCUUGCGAAAAUACUUAACAAAGACCCACGUGUGAUUGAAAGUGAUGCAUACACUGUUGUUGAGUUCUUUAGAGCUCAUGGUUUCAGCGAUGAGCAAAUAUCAACUUUGACCAUGAAGCGUCCUCUAUUGUAUUUACUCAAUGCACACAAGAUCUUUAAGCCAAAGUUGGAGUUUAUCAAAUCUUUGGGCUUUUCGGAUCUUGAAAUUGCAAAGCUUUUAUCCACGGAGCCUUAUAUUCUAGAACGAAGCCUCGAAAAGCAAAUCAUUCCUUGUGUCCAAGAGCUUAGGCGGAUUCUUGGCACCGAUGAGAAUGUCUUAAAGGCUAUAAAGGCAUGCCACUCUCUACUUGAAUAUAAUGUGGAAGAAGUGGUACAGCCCAACAUGUCGAUGUUGAUAAGCCAUGGUGUACCCGAGUCAUUUGUUUUGAAAAUGUUCUUGAAUCAUCCAAGGUCGCUACUUGUGAGGAGUAAUCGGUUUAGUGAGAUUGUUAGUGAAGUUAUGAAAUUGGGUUUUGAUCCCAAUUGCGCAGCAUUUGUUGUGGCCAUCCGUGUGAUGGCAGUAAUGAGUAAGACACUGUGGGAGCAAAAGGUGGAAGCUUAUAAAAGUUUUGGUUUGUCAAAUGAUGAGAUCUAUUUGGCAUUCAAAAUGAAACCAUUGUUUAUGCUUGUUUCAGAGAAUAAGAUCAAGAAAUCAAUGGCUUUCUUUGUGAACAAGCUGAAGAUGAAGCCUUGGCUGAUUUCCAAGAAUCCUUAUAUUAUAACGCUCAGCUUGGAGAAAAGGAUUAUUCCGAGGUGUUCAGUUUUGCUACUUUUAUUGUCGAAGGGAUUUGUUACGGCAGAUACUAGCCUUGUUACGGUGUUGAAAAUGACAGAGAAAAAAUUUGUGGAGAAGUUAGUGUGCAAGUAUCAGAAUGAGGUUCCUGAUGUUGUUAUAGCACACCAAGGCCAGGUAGAGUUUCAAGGGUUCACCAUUGAUUUGACAAUGCGAGUCAUCAUGAGAUCAUCAAAUGCUUAG